AGCAUCAUCACCAUCUCCCCACGGCAUGCGAAAAGCUCUGACAAGCACGGUACAAUUCGAUCGCUUACCCUUUCAGAACGUUAUGCUGUUGCUGCAAAUGCACUCUCUGCGCUGAUGGCUCCGCCCGCGAAGCGCCGCCGGCGGAAUGUCGUUGACGCUUCAGACGAUGAAGACGAAUCGCCUCGUGCAAACACCCUGUCCAAGUUUUUGAUUACUUCACCAAGCUCCUCUACCAAAAGCCGCGUCGCUACAGCUUCCCCGAGCCCGACAAAACCUAAAAUCGUCGAUAGCAAGCCAACCAAGAAUGCUUCACUCCGGCUACCUCGUCGAGCGCAAGCGAAGAGCAAUAGCACGAGUCCAAGCGCGAAGCGUACCAAGGAUGUUGGCAAAGCAGCAGAUACUGGAAGAACAGCUGAUUUGAAGACGCUCUUUUCGAACCAGGCACAAAGGGCUGCGCGGUCGAGUGCUGGAGAUACGCAAUCCAUCCCUCUCGAAGAUAUUAUCAGUGAUCCUAUCUCAGAGGAUGAUGAGAUCUCGGAACUUAAGGCAAGCUCCGCAAGCUUAGUUGGACAACAUGCGAAAAAGAGACUACGAAAUGACUCGCAAUCGUCGUUGUCUAGUGUACCCAGCGCCAGCCAAAAGUUCAUCAAACCACCUAAGCCAGUACCUAUAGCUAGGCCAAACGACGAUGCACGCCCUUGGUCAGAACGAUUUGGACCUCGAAAUCUGGAGGAGUUAGCAGUUCAUAAGAAAAAAGUCUCUGAUGUGAGGAGGUGGUUGGAGGAUGUAACAGCCGGACGCAUGCGCCAGCGUCUGCUAAUUCUCAAAGGUGCUGCUGGGUCCGGGAAGACAACAACCCUGCGACUGCUGGCAAACGACAUGGGUAGUGAGCUUCUUGAAUGGCGAAAUCCUGCGGGAAGCUCUGGGCUGGGUUUCGUUUCAGCAUCUGCGCAGUUCCAAGAGUUUCUUGGUCGUGGUGGUAAGUUUGGAGCAUUAGAGACCGAUGCUACAAUGUCAUCGACCCAGAACAGCUCUCAGAUCAACCGAAAAAAUGAUCCGAAACGAGUUAUUCUCAUCGAGGAGUUUCCUAACACAUUUUCAAGAUCUUCAACGGCUUUAACAUCCUUCCGGAGCACCGUUUUACAGUACCUUGCCAAUAGCACACCCUCUUUAUCCAUGCUUGCGAAGCCUUCACAGCAUGAGCCCAUAACACCGGUGGUCAUGGUCAUUUCAGAAACUCAUCUGACUACGACCUCUGCAUCAGCGGACAGUUUUACUGCACAUCGACUUUUGGGGCCGGAAAUCCUACAACAUCCAGGGGUUGGUAUGAUUGAGUUCAAUGCCAUUGCCCCCUCAUUACUCCUAAAGGCACUGGAACUCGUUGUCCAGAAAGAGGCCAGAAAAUCUGGUCGCAGGAAAACACCAGGACCUCAAGUUCUAAAACGCCUUGGUGAAAUUGGAGACAUCAGAAACGCCGUAUCAUCUCUCGAGUUCCUGUGUCUGAAAGGUGACCAGCAAGGAGACUGGGGCAACAAGGUCGUGCUCACAAAGCUGACCAAAGGCGCGAAAGAUGCUAUCAAACUCACACAAGGCGAAGAGGAGAGUCUGGAACAAGUAUCUCAACGUGAAGCGAGUCUAGGCAUCUUCCAUGCUGUUGGAAAGGUUGUCUACAACAAACGAGAUGAGCUUCCUCCGCCAGGAGGUAACGAUAUCGAGAAUCUCCCAACUUUUCUUUCGCAUUUCUCGAGACCGAAACGCUCACAAGUGUCUGUUGAUACGCUCAUCGAUGAAACGGGCACAGAUACACAUACUUUUGUUUCGGCAUUACAUGAAAACUACGUUCUAUCCUGUGAGAGCACAGAUCCUAUGGACUUGUCAACACCAAUGGACUACGUUAAUGACUGUAUCGAAUAUCUGUCACAAGCAGAUCUCCUCUCACCAUCAAGAGAUAUCUUCUUCGGCGGCAGAGUUGGCUUUUCAGGUCCAGAUUCUGGCAGCCAUGUGCUCCGGCAGGACGAAAUAACUUUCCAGGUAGCUGUCAGGGGCAUGUUGUUCUCACUUCCUAACCCUGUUAAGCGCAAAUCAUCAGUCAUGUCCAAGGGCAGCGACGCCUUCAAGAUGUUCUACCCCACGAGUCUGAAACUCUGGCGUGCCAAGGAAGAGUUAGAAGCGUUUGUGGAUAUGUGGUCUACAAAACUACUUAAAGGCGACGAUGGAGCAACGAAAAAUCUGACCGAUGGGGCCACAGCGUUUCGUCGUCCUCAGCAAUCGUCUGGCGAGACUUCCUGGAUGCAACGUAAGCAGCUAAAUCGUCAAGCGAUAGUGAAGCAGCAGCAGCAGCAGCAGCAAGAAGACGAUCCUGAGAGUGCGCCGCUUCUCUCGCUUGGCAGCGCAGCCCGGCGUGAGAUGCUCCUUGAGCGUCUCCCAUAUAUGGCGCACAUAGCUCGUGCUCGAAAAACACCAAGCUUCCGUUUGCGCGAACUUGAGAAGGUGGUUGCCUUCAAAGGUAUUAAUGCUGCCGAUGAAGAGUCUGAUGCAGAUGACGACAUGCAGCCGGGAGAGGCUUGGGCAACAGAUAAGCCAUCAGAAGAAAUAAGUCCCCGGAAGAGAAGUGCAGGUAUAAAGGAAGGAAAUGUUUCGGGCCUUCUCGCUCAGAAAUUGGUGCUGAGCGAUGAUGAUAUUGAGGAUUAAUGGCAUAAAUGGUUAAUGCCGAAUGGGUGCAUGGAAACAACGCGAUUUGAGGUUCAUUUGGUUUUUAUUUGCGCUUGGUGUCAAGAUCAUGACAACAAUGAAACGGAGCAAAGGGGAUAGAUAAUCUGGGCUGGGUUCACGGUCUCGCGUCAACCGACUUUUGAGCGAGAGGGGAGAAAUGUAUAGGGACGGGAAGCUUUUACAAAUGGUUCAAAUCAUCAUCAUCACGUUGAAGUGAGCGUCUGGGCGCGGCGUUAAGUCUAUCAUGUAUACAAUAUCGCAAUCGUACAGAUCACAAUCUCUGGGAAUCCUUCUUUUCCAGGCCAAAACUUUCAGGCCUUUUUUACUUUUCCAAUUCCAUUUCCAUAUCAAAUUGCAAAAA